AUGCAAAUUAUUCAAAGCAGUCUGUUUUCGUGCAAGAAACUUGACUCGGAGUUAUGGUUCAUCAUGAUAAUGCAGAGAAAGAAAUGGUCUUUGAAUCUACGACUGCAAUGCCUCAUCAUCGGAUAUAUGAAUUUGUUGGCCAGUAUCAUUGAUAUUGGUAUCCAUGUCGCAAUAGUGGGAAUUAUAACAAAAGGUUUCCAAUGUGAUGCUACGGAAGAAUCGCUUAAAAACAUCGACUGGCCAUGGUUAGAGCCAUUCCUUCUGUUACUGAACUUAGGCACUCACGGUUUCUACCCAUUCCCCUUGAUCUUAAGGAACAGAAACAACUUGUUUUUCGAUUACCAGAUUUUGACGACAGAACCACGUUGCUACUUCGGGAUGUUCCAUGUCAACAUGAUAGACAUUCUGAACUUUUUGAUUAAUAUAAUAUGGUUGAAAUUCGUGCGAGCAUACGUCGUGGCUGUGCACAAGGUAAGGGCAGAAAAAAAGCAAAAGGUUGAUCAGCCCCCAUCGUACAUCGAAUGUCUCGUUAGCAUGCCUAAUAACCAAGAAAAGGCAGAAAAGAAAGAUGCAGAGUUAUUCGUUGCAGAAGAAACGAAGAAAAAUAUAGAAAGCAUUAGUGAAACAGUUUGA